AAUCUACAAACAACUCAAAAUCCCCUUUUCUUGCGGUCGAUAACGCGCUAGACCGAUAUUUUCGGGGUGUUGUACGAAAAGAAGUGCAUUGUUCAGCUGGUAACGGUGAUUGUGAGAAUCGGCGGGCCAACAUGGACAACGACCAGCAGGAGCAUACGGAUUCGGCAUCUUCCGAGAUGCUGCUUACCGGGAUGAUAAUGCCCGAUCCGCUCACCGGAUGGUCCAGUGAAGAGGUACCACUUACGGGCCAGGAAGAACAGGAGUAUCUGCAACAACAGGCGGAAAUGGAAAUGGAAGAACCGUUUGCCGAUGAAGGAUCAAACGAUGAAGAUGGACAACAGCAACAGCAGCAGCAGCUAUCUUUGCAGCCGCCCUCACUGAUGUCACUUCAAGUGGACAGUCCCGAAUCAGAUGAGUUACUGCUGAAGAAACCGGCAGAACUGGUGUUGCCGAAAGCUUUGGAGGACGUGCUUGCGCUGACAACGAUUCGGGUGCAGGAACUCGGUGACCACCAAGGAUCACCACAACCGGCUAGUGGCGGUGGUAGUGGCGGCCGUGCUGAUGGUGCCCCAGUGAGCUCGUACCUGGAGGCGGACGGUAUCGAGUCGGAAGAUGAUAUGGCAAACGAGCCCCUCCUGGCCGGUGACGAGGGCGAUAGUGACGUGCACGGCCCCAAGAUGACCGCGGUCGAAGGAAAACAGGACAAGAACCGUCGCAAGAAGAAACGAAAGAAGGAAAAUCGUAGGGCACGCCGAGAGCAGAUGCAAAAGGCGCACGAAGAACGUAUUCGGGAGCAGCUGGCAGGAGAAACAAAGCAACCACAGCACACGGUGGCAGCGGCGACGGUGACUGCGGAUCAGCAGGACAACAAUGGCGAGGAUGAUGGCAGGGAGAACGCAUUGGUGGAACAACAGGCCAAUGGAGACGAGCGUGAUGAUGAAACAAACGAAUAUCCGGCAGAAGACGGCGGUGAUGAAGAGAAUGGUGAGGAAGGAGAAUCCAACGGUAAAUCGCCAAACGAUGAAGAGGAUCCGCAUUGUGGCAACGAUAAAGAACAACAAAACGGAGAACCGGACGAAGACGUGAACCAAAAUGGUGAUGACCACGAGGAACAUCAGGAGAAUGGCAAAGAGAAGGAAGGCAAAGCGGCUCCGAAGUUUGUCGGAAGCCGACGAAAAACGUCGAAAGCGAAGGCACCGGAGAAUGGCAGCGAACUGGUAUCGGUAGAUGACGUCGAGAUUGAGUACGUACCGGAGAAGAUCACGAUCGCGGAUCUGGGUCCACUGUACCGGCAGUUCUAUCGCGUGUUUGAGAUCUUCAAGCUCGAUACGAAACCGAAAGAUACGAUCCGGACGGGAGAAGAGGCGGACAGUAUGAAGGCGGCAACGGAAAAGGCCGCACUGAGCGAGAAGCUGGACGAGGAAGAGGACGAGAUGCUGGCCGGGGCCGAUGAUAAGGAUGAUCGGGAUAAGAUUUCCAAGCGCAAACUAAAGAAACUGACCCGACUGAGUGUCGCCGAGCUGAAGCAACUCGUGUCCCGCCCGGAUGUGGUGGAGAUGCACGACGUGACGGCUCGCGAUCCGAAGCUGCUGGUGCAGUUGAAGAGCCACCGGAAUACGGUACAAGUGCCGCGCCACUGGUGCUUCAAGCGAAAGUAUCUCCAAGGCAAGCGCGGUAUCGAGAAACCACCGUUCGAUCUGCCCGCGUUCAUCAAGAAGACGGGUAUUAUGGAAAUGAGAGCGUCGCUGCAGGAGAAGGACGAGGCAAAGACACUGAAGGCAAAGAUGCGCGAACGGGCUCGGCCGAAGAUGGGCAAGAUCGACAUCGACUAUCAAAAGCUGCACGAUGCCUUCUUCAAGUGGCAGACCAAACCACGCAUGACGAUCCACGGUGAUCUGUACUACGAGGGCAAAGAGUUCGAGACGCGGCUGAAGGAGAAGAAACCGGGCGAUCUUUCGGAGGAGCUCCGCAUCGCUUUGGGUAUGCCGAUCGGGCCGGCCUGUCACAAGAUUCCGCCCCCAUGGUUAAUCGCUCAGCAACGCUACGGACCACCGCCGAGCUAUCCGAACCUUAAGAUACCCGGACUCAAUGCACCCAUUCCGGAGGGCUGUUCGUUCGGAUACCAUGCGGGAGGCUGGGGUAAACCACCGGUCGACGAGAGUGGAAAGCCGCUGUACGGCGAUGUGUUCGGAAUGGCCGGUUUGGACGGAGAGGGUGGAAUGGGUGAGGAGGAGAUCGAUCGCACCGUUUGGGGAGAGUUGGAGUCGGAGUCCGAGGAAUCAUCCGAGGAGGAGGAGGAUGAGGGUGAAGAUCUGACUGCUCAACCGGACGAAAGUGGUUUGGUAACGCCGGCCGAGGGUCUCGUGACACCGUCUGGCCUUACGAGCGGUGUGCCGGCCGGCAUGGAGACGCCGGACACGAUCGAGCUUCGCAAGAAGAAGAUUGAAAGUGAAAUGGAAGAUAACGAAACACCGGUACUGUAUCACGUGCUGCCCGAGAAGCGUAAUGAACGGAUCGGUGGAGCGAUGAUGGCAUCUACGCACGUGUACGACAUCGGAGCGGCCGGCGGUGGUGCGGGACCGGCUGGUGGUGGGGCAGGUACCGCAGCCGGUGCAGGGCGUCGCGGUGGCGGUGGUGGUGUGGAUCGGGAGGGUAUGGUCGAACUGGCGCUCGAUCCCUCCGAACUGGACUUGGAUAACGAGGCAAUGGCUCAGCGCUACGAGCAGCAGAUGCGCGAACAGCAGAGUCACCUGCAGAAGGAAGACCUCUCCGAUAUGCUGGCGGAACACGUGGCGCGCCAAAAAUCAAAACGAAAACGGCAACAGACCGACACAACCAGCAAACAGUCGAAAAAGUACAAGGAGUUCAAGUUCUAACCGAACCGAUCAUACCAUCUCCGGGACGUCGCUAUCGGGGGCUUCUUCAGCGUAUUUCCAGUUUUCAUUUUUCCGGCUUUCGAAGAAUCGAUCUGGGCGCGGUAGCAACAACAGCAGCAGCAGGAGGGCGAGGGAUUUUCUACAAAUCAUUCACUUACUAACCAGGAAAUAUACUAAAAGAGUAAAAAAAAAAUCGCUACAGUUUCAGUCCCAUUUCGUCCGGCCAGACACUCUUCCUGCAAAUUUCGGCGACGGUAAAUCAACGAACGAUGCAACUGUUGCAGCGAUUUAACAAAAACUGGUUGAUCCGCCAUUCAUCCAUGUCUCCUGCGACUAUGAAACUUGGAAAAGUAUUGCCCAUGAGAAAUGCAGGCUACUACGACGAUUACUUCCGUGUUGCUGGUUUAUUAAUUUAAGGAAUGACUUACUCUCAGUUCUGUGUCCAUAUGUCCAAUAAACAUUUACCGCCCAGUA